AUGGCUUCCAAAUUCUUUCCCGCCGUCCCUCGGGUCGGUCGUCAGUUCUUCCAGCGCGCCCCCAAGACUCAAUGCAGACCGUUCUCGGCUGGUCCGCAACGUUGCAGCGACGCCCUGUCCGUGCACCGCAACAAGCCUAACAACAACCCGACCAUCCCGUUCACGUUCAACGAGCAGAACCAACGACUGAUCGAUGAGAUCCUCAAGCGCUACCCUCCCCAGUACAAGAAGGCCGCCGUCAUGCCUCUCCUGGAUCUGGGUCAGCGCCAGCACGGCUUCACCAGCAUUAGCGUCAUGAACGAGGUCGCCCGCCUCCUGGAGAUGCCCCCCAUGCGUGUUUACGAAGUCGCUACUUUCUAUACCAUGUACAACCGUGAGCCUGUUGGCAAAUACUUUGUUCAGCUUUGCACAACGACACCAUGCCAGCUCGGAGGCUGCGGCAGCACCAAGAUCCUUGAAGCUAUUACGGAACACCUCGGCAUCACCUCUGGACACACCACCGAGGAUGGACUCUUCACCUUGCUCGAGGUCGAGUGCCUGGGCGCCUGUGUCAACGCCCCUAUGGUCCAGAUUAACGACGACUACUACGAGGACCUUACUCCCGAGUCCAUCAAGACUCUCCUCACUGCACUCAAGGAGUCCGCGACCGCCGCCGAUGCCGGGAAGACCGUCCAGGUUCCUGCCCCUGGCCCAAUGAGUGGAAGAGACACCUGUGAGAACAGCGCCGGCCUGACAAACCUGAAGAGCCCUGUGUGGGAUCCGGAGACGAUGAUGAGAAAGGACGGUGCCUUGGAUCAGCCUCAGCAGCAAUAA